UGGAUUGAAAGGGGUCGAUGGAUGGAUGGAUGGAUCGUCGCAGACACGAAGCGAGUCGAACAAUGCGGCGUUUGACAAAACUCUAUGCGAAAAGGCAGACGGCAGACAGCAGCAGCAGCAGCAGUUGCAGCAGCAGCUCUGGCAACAACAACAAUUGAAAUGUAAACGAAACGAGGUGCAAUUACAACGGCAACUGCGGAUGCAAAAACCCAAGUUCCACAACAUUGAAGUCGCAGCCGGCAGCGUCAACGGAUAUGGCAACGAGGCGACUGGAGUUGGGAGCUUGUGCAGUUGCAGCAACGAGAGCAUCUGCAUCUGUGGCAUAGAUGCCAGCUGUUGGCGGUGGGUAGGUAGCCGGCGGUGUAAGGUGGCAAGUGAAUAAAAGACACCGCUGCACCAUUGAGUGGCAUCAGUUGCAAGCAGCAAGUCGCCGAGACCCACCACCAAGGAUUACCCACCCACAGCAUGAUGAAACUGCUACUGUCGCUUCUUUCCAUGUGCGCCCUGGCCGCAGCACGUCCUGGCUACCUGCACGGACACCAUCACCACUAUCCGGAAUACCCGCUGUACCCGCACCACCACCACCAUGUGGAGCCCCUCCAUGUGGCCAAGAUCGUGCACCUGCCUGCCGCCGUCUCCCACCAGAGCUCCACGGUGGUGCACAGCGUGCCCCAUCACAUCAUCAAGCCGGUGGUGCUGCCUACGUUGGUGAAGACUGUAGUGCAUCCCCCCAUCAUCAAGGCCUACCACCCGGCUCCCAUCUUCAAGGCCUAUCACCCGUACGAUCCGUUCCAUCUGCACCAUCACCAUGACUUCCAUGACUUCCACGACUACCAUCUCCACUGAUCGCCGCACCGCCACUCUGACUGCUGAAUGAUCGCGAAUGAUGAAUGAAAACUGAGAACAAGGAACGAAGAACGAAUAGGAUGCUACAGAUACGAUACUGCUACUGCAAAUCAUGAAUGAUGAUGGAUGCUGUGAUGUAUGUGUGUAUCGACUGCUGAUUGCGAUGCAAACUGCUGGAUGGAUAUGCUACUCCCUCUGUUUAUAUUAGUGUUGAU